UGAAUUUCAAACGCAACGAAUCGCGUUUCAGACGCGUUUUUAAGUCAAAAAAUAUUUACAUGGGUGGAAAAAGAAAGAAAAUUAUUUUUCUUCUAUAACAUUAAUACUAUGCGAAAGAACAGAAACGAAAAAUGAGUGCAAACGAGCAAGUCACUUAGAAGAAUAUAAAUGUGCACUGUUUUAUCUUUUCUAGUAUAAUUCCAAUACAUCGUUAUUCACAUUUCAGAGAGAUAAAAGACAAUAGAAAGCAAAAAAAUAAUCGUAGUUUCAGCUUUGAAGCACGUUGAAUCCUUAUAACACCGAUAAAUCGACGGAUAUAUGUAGGAAAAACAAUUCCAUUCUGGUCAAAUGAUUCAUUAUUUACAGAGUAUCGCCAUUAUAUUUCAAAAAUUGGUUCAGUUCAACAUAGAAACGUUUCCAUAUCCCUUACUAUUUAGUACUGCUAAAUCCCGUUUUUGACGCGCUUUAAUUUGGUAUAAAAUUUGUUAUGAUUGCUAUUUGAAAUCAUAGCGUUACUCCCCUGGAAUAAUAUUUUUACCCACCUAGUAUUUCGAGCAUGGAAAGAACGACUUGAUCGAUCAAAAGUAUAUUUUGUAUUUGAUUUAUUCAAAUAAAAUACUAUGAAUACGUGUUUUUUUUUGAAAGGUAGUUGAAACUGAUGAUGAACAAGAAUUACUUUUCAGUAUACCAUUUAAUGGUGCUGUAAAAAUAACUGGCCUAUGUGUUAUUGGUGAAAAUGGUCCAUCACGUCAAAAUACAGUUAAAUUAUGGAGUAAUUUACCUGAAUUACGUUUUGAUAAUGCACAUGGAAAAGCUCAUCAAGAAAUUUCACUUACAUAUGAUCCAUCGGGUACAUUAGCUUAUCAAGUCAAUCCAUCACAUUUCUCACGUGUAACACAUCUAUCUUUAUAUUUUCCUUCGAAUUUCGGUGAUGAAACAACUCGUAUUUAUUAUAUUGGUCUUCGUGGUGAAUAUCUUGGUGAAGUAAAAUCUAAAGUAGUCAUUACAACGUAUGAAGCUAGACCACAAUUAAAAGAUCACAAAGUGGAUGAUUUUUUAACAGGCAAUCGUGAAAUACAAUAA